UCUUUGUUAUCAGUAGUCACCAUUCGACACCCUUCAAAUUUAUUACACAAACUCAUCUCCUACUUCGACGGGCGGCUGUUUCAGAUUUUAGGGUUUCUCUUCUUCUCUACCAUCUCAUAACCUCAGCUCCUAAACCCUAGCAUAUUCCUCCCUGCCGCUUAUUGUUAUUGAGAGGUUAAAGUGUGGAAAUGGUACUUCUUACAUAGUGAUACAGAGUCAUUGCAAGAAGCUAGAAUUCUAAUGGAGAGUAUAGAUGGAACAUCAAAUGCGAAUAUUGAUCGAGCAGAAGAACUUAAGAUCUUAGCCAAUGAAGCAUUUAAGGCGAAUAGAUUUUCUCAAGCUAUUGAUCUAUACAGCCAGGCUAUCAAUCUAAAUGGGUAUAAUGCUGUGUAUUGGGCAAAUCGUGCAUUUGCACACACUAAGCUUGAGGAGUAUGGCAGUGCGGUGCAAGAUGCUACAAAAGCUAUUGAAAUAGACCCUAAAUAUUCGAAGGGCUAUUAUAGGCGAGGGGCAGCAUAUCUAGCCAUGGGGAAGUUUAAGGAGGCUUUGAAAGAUUUUCAGCAGGUGAAAAAAAAUUGCCCCAAUGAUCCAGAUGCCACAAGAAAACUGAAAGAGUGUGAAAAAGCUUACCAAAAGAUACGAUUUGAAGAGGCUAUUGCUGUGAAAGAUUCUCAAAGACAUUCUGUUGCGGAUUCAAUAGAUUAUCAUAGUAUAGAGGUGGAGCUGCAAUAUAAUGGCGCAAGAAUCGAGGGUGAAGUGGUAACUCUAGAUUUUGUAAAGAAAAUGUUGGAUGAUUUUAAGAAUCAAAAAUAUUUACACAAAAGGUACGCAUAUCAGAUCAUCUUACAAGCCAGAGAGAUGUUGCGAGCUAUGCCUUCUCUUGUGGACAUUACUGUUUCGGAUGGUCAUCAUUUUACAGUUUGUGGUGAUGUUCAUGGGCAGUUCUAUGAUUUGUUGAAUAUAUUUGAGCUGAAUGGACUUCCUUCAGAAGAGAAUCCUUAUCUUUUUAAUGGAGACUUUGUGGAUCGAGGAUCCUUCUCUGUCGAAGUUAUUCUAACACUAUUUGCAUUCAAGUGCAUGACUCCAUCAGCUAUGCAUCUUGCUAGGGGAAAUCAUGAAAGCAAGAACAUGAACAAGAUAUAUGGUUUUGAAGGAGAAGUCAAGUCUAAACUAAGUGAAGCAUUUGUUGAGCUUUUUGCAGAAGUGUUUUGUUGUUUACCUUUGGCUCAUGUGAUAAACGACAAGGUGUUUGUGGCUCAUGGUGGGCUAUUCAGUGUUGAUGGUGUCAAGCUUUCUGAUAUCCGUGCAAUUGAUCGCUUUUGUGAGCCUCCUGAGGAAGGUUUGAUGUGUGAAAUACUUUGGAGUGAUCCACAACCUCAAUUUGGAAGGGGCCCUAGUAAGCGUGGUGUUGGCCUUUCGUUUGGUGAAGAUGUGACCAAGAGAUUUUUACAGGAAAAUAAUCUCGAUCUUAUUGUUCGGUCCCAUGAGGUGAAGGAUGAGGGCUAUGAGAUUGAGCAUGAUGGAAAGCUUAUAACUGUAUUUUCUGCUCCCAAUUACUGUGACCAGAUGGGAAACAAGGGUGCUCUCAUACGCUUUAAGGCCCCGGACAUGAAACCAGACAUUGUGACAUUUUCAUCAGUGCCACAUCCCAAUGUCAUGCCAAUGGCAUACGCUAGUAAUUUCCUUCGUCUCUUCUCUUGAUUUAUACUGCCAAUUUUGCUGUAAGAUAGGCCCGGCAUAAGGUUAAGCAGGUUUUUGAACUUGGUUGACAUUUAGAAACUUGUACUAGAAGCAAAAGGACUCUUAAGUCUUUCAAUACAACGUUAUGCCUUUGUUCAUCAGCCAUGGCGUUCUUCUUUAACUGUGCCCAACACCUGACUGAAGGACCCUGUGCUCUUCUUUUGCAUUUCUGUUCCCCUUUUUGUAUGCCUUUACUUUCAGCACGGAUUAUCAACUGUCGUUAGCAUCAAAUGUGCCAUUCGUUGAUAUUCAUAACAAUCUUAAAGAAUUAGCUGUGUUUAUAGUAACUCUAGAUCCGAUUUGUUUAUAGAAAAGUUGUGGUUUCCGUCUUGCUUUAUGCUCGCUCUUAACUCCUCUUAUUAGUAAAAUUCUGCUUCUCUU